UGGUUCAUGGCUGCUUUCUGGCAAACUAGCUAAGAUGCUUUUAAUUGACUGUGAACAAAACAGUGAUGACUGCCCGUUGGCAAUAUCAGUUCUGGACUUUACCAUUCAGCUGGUAGAAACUGGGGUGGAGAAUGAUUGUCUCCUGGCGUUAAUUAUUUUCUCUUUGCAGUAUGUUCUGGUUAAUCAUGAAUCCUGGAAAUACAAGAUGAAGCAUGUGCGAUGGAAAGUGACAUUGAAGGAGGCAUCAUCCACCAUUUCUGUUUUUCACCAGGCAGUGCUAUCAUGUACAACCAAUUCUGUCCCCAUUGUUGCUGCUGUUAUAUCCUUGAUUUCAUACUUUCGAGAUCCUGCCAUCCAAAUUGGUGCUGCUAGGUUUAUUUCAUUCUUAUUUUCUAUAGCAGAUUCCGUUCAACCAUUUUCAUAUGGAACCACAUGCUUUGCUCCAGAAUCUAAUCAGAUCGUGGAUUUUAGACUAUCUCUGAGCUACAUAUUGUUGGAGCAGUCUGCAUCUAAUGAAGAUCUGUUUAUUGCAACAGUUGAUCUAUUGACUUCUGCAGCACAUCACCAGCCUGCAUUUCUUAUUGCUAUAUUUAAUCCAGAGGAGAAGGACGAUGGUCAGUUAAUUGUUACUGGUGAUGGAGAGUCGAAGGGUUCAAAGGACUCAGGCCUGAUAGAUGCACUUAUGGAUUAUAUUGUGAGGGCAGAUAAUCUGAUCCAGAGCCACCCUCGCAUGCUGCUGAGUGUGCUUAACUUCAUGGUUGCCUUGUGGCAAGGGGCUUCUCAGUACUUAAAUAUCCUGGAGUCUCUGAGAAGCUCUGAGAAGUUCUGGAAGUACUUGUCCAAUGCAAUCUUAAGAGUUGCUGGCAGCACAAUUCAUCUACCUGUUAAUCUGACAGAGAAGGAUGCUCAAAAUCUAGCGAACACGUACCUUUGUCAAUCUGCAAUACUUGGAAUCAUGUCAUAUGAGCUGUUCUUGCAGAAAAAGUUGUUGCAUGCAGAAUCACUUGUGAAGGAUGCAACUGGAUCUCAGGGCAACGAACAAGAUGGUGCAAAAACAGAAAAAUCCAAGGCACCCGCUUUUUGUGAUGUUAAGGAAAUUUGGUCUUCCUGGUGCAAAGAUUCUGUUUUGGAGAAACUAAUGAAGUCGUAUACUUCUGGGUAUAAUGAUGACAUAUAUUAUAGUGCAAAAGUUGCCAUCAGUUUAUUCUCUGUCCACGUGAUGGAAAAACUAGUGGCUGGUGAUUCUGGAAGUUUAUCAGUGUCAUUGCAGCAGAAGUUUCAUACAAUGUUAACAAAGUUGUGCAUGCAUCCUGCUUUUUCUGAAUUACUCUGCCAGUAUUCACAGCGUGGCUACAGUGAAGGGAAGAAAUUAAAGAAAUUGAUACUCAGUGAUCUGUAUUAUCAUCUCCAAGGAGAGCUCGAGGGUAGAAAAGUCAGCACGGGACCAUUUAAAGAGUUGUCUCAGUAUCUGGUUGAAUCAAAUAUUUUGGAAACCUAUCAAAACAAUCUCAAUGGUGACCUUAGUGCAACUACCAAGAAUUUAUACUUAUUUGACCUUGUACGCUUGCGAGCUGAUAUAGGAUUAGACGUGUGGGAUUGUUCCGAGUGGAAGGCAUCUAAGGAGAUUGCAGAAAUCAUGUUGCACUGGCUGCAGGAAGCAAACUCAUUUAUGUUGGCUUCAAGUUCAAAGCUUUCCGCAUUUAAAGCAUUGAUUUCUGUCUUGACUGUCUACCAUGAUGAUGCACUAGGGAGAAAAUCUAUGAGAGAGGAGAUUCCUGAUCAAAUCAUUUUCACAUGCAUAGAUAAUAUAUGCCAAUCUUUUCACGCUACAAUUGAAAAGUUAGCACCCGUUCUUGAUGUAUCUGAAGAUACACUCAAUUUUCUUGCGUCUCAAGCAGAGCUGCUUCUCCAGUUGACCAGAACUGUCUGCAAAAGUCUCUCCUUUGGUGUUUCCCUGCUUGUUCUCAAAUGUUCUGGUUCAGGUCUUAAACUGUUUAGUGAACUUCAGCUGUUGUCUUCUAAGGCCAGUGUGAUAAUGAAGCUAUUACUCACAUUGCUGCUUUUAGUACUAGAUUCCAACUGCCUCAGUUCUCGUUUGGGUGGGACGAUAGAUGAGAAGUCCGGGGAGGGGUUUUCUAAAAUUUCAAUUGCAAUCGUUGGGCUACUUCCCAUUCUUUGCAAAUGUGUUGCUGCUUCUGAACAUUGUAUGCUGUCUCUGUCAGUUAUGGACCUGAUAUUAAGGAAUUUUUUGAUGCCUGAGACUUGGUUACCUGUCAUAAAGAGUCAUCUGCAGCUUCAACAUCUCAUGCUAAAACUUCAAGAUAAAACGUCCUCUUCCAUCCCAAUAAUAUUGAAGUUUCUUUUGACACUUGCACGUGUAAAAGGAGGUGCUGAGAUGCUUUAUGCUGCUGUUUGA